CCGUCAUUGCGUUACGUUUUGUAAAACUUGUAUUUCGUUCACAAGUCUCGCAAAGCCUUGCAGUCGGGUCUCAGUCACCAAAUUGUGUGCAAAACAGUCACAACUCUUACAUAAUAUUAACUAACGUUAAGUGAAUUGCGAAUCAAAAGUGAAUAUGAAUUGUAUUAUUGUAUGGAAAAAGUGAUUGAAAAAUAAGUGACAAAUAAAUUGUAUGUAAAUAACAAUAUAAGCGAACAUUUGGUCCGUUUGUAUAGCGACUGAUGUGUGCAUUGAAUGCAUUGGAAAUGCUGUGAAAAAGUGGUGUAAAAAGCAAUGACUGAAUGAGUGUUGAAAAUAUGGCAUCCGUUGAGAGUACGUCUGGUUUGCGACACAAACACAACACUUCCCACGAAGACAUCACACAAGACAUGACUCACACCGCCGGCCAUCGCAACCACAGCCACAACGAGCCCAUCGACGAGCGGUCGGAACCUGUGGUGAAACGACCGAAACAGUCGAUGGAUCUGUUGCUGCGGACGGGCGGCGCUUAUAUACCGCCGGCGCGACUCCGGCUCAUGCAGAAGGACAUCACCGAUAAGAACAGUCAAGAGUAUCAACGCAUCUCUUGGGAGGCCCUCAAGAAGAGCAUCAAUGGUCUGAUCAACAAAGUGAAUGUGGCCAACAUUGCCAUCAUUGUGCGGGAACUGCUCAAAGAGAAUCUGAUCCGCGGCAGAGGUCUGCUGUGCCGCUCCAUCAUCAGCGCUCAGACGGCGUCUCCCACUUUCACUCACGUUUACGCCACUCUCGUGGCCAUCAUUAACUCGAAGGCUCACGAAGUCGUCUCAUUAGAAAUAUUGACACUUUUGUUGGAGAACGCGACCAACGAUUCGGUGGAAGUGGCCAUCGCUUUC